AUGGUUCAAGGAUCCCUGAAGAAGGCUGGACCCGCCACACCUGGUCGGAAGCCCGCUAAGACAACCAGACCCGGUGUGCGAUCAGUUGCACCUAAGAAAGCCAAUCUGAUUAAGCAGCGGAAGUUGACGAAGAAACUCACAUCCGGCCUCGUUGGCAAGACGGAACGCAGUCUCGCGACAAAGGCGGGUCAUCUUGAGAUUCUGGCUGGAGGAAAGAAGGAUCGUCUUCAGAAGGAGAAGAAGAAGGCUCAGGAGGCUGGCAAGAAGGCUUGA